AUGCGGAAUAAAAGAAUGGAAAAUCUUACAACUACUGGAAAGAUUGCAGGGAAAGGAGAUCGCGGAGGCCCGCUGUUGAAACGUGCUGUUAAUUGGAAACCAAUCGUGAUAAUAAUAAUAACAAUAAUAUUAAUAAAAUUUUGUGACGUCAAUAAUAAUAAUAAGAAAAAGAAGAAGAAAAAGAAGAAGAAGAAAAAGAAGAAAAAGAAGAGGCUACAGAAACGAGACAGUAUCGCAAAGAAACGAGACAAUAUCGAAAAGAAACGAGACAACAGGCAAGCGAAACGAGACGGUAUCGAAACGAUAACUAAAAAUGAAGUUGUUUGUCUUCUUGUCUGUGGUGACGGCGAUGAUGAUUGCCCUCAACUCAAAUGUGCCAAACCGUGCCGGAGUGGUUUUAGACAGGAUUCUAAGGGUUGUCAGACGUGUAAAUGUGUCGACCCGUGCGAGGAUAAAGUAUGCAGAGCUGGUCUGGUCUGCAAAAGAAAAAAUGUUAUUUGCAAGAAAGAGCCCUGCUAUGAUCUGGCUACAUGUGUUAAAAAAGAUUGCCCACAAAUUAAGUGCUCGAGAUUUUGCAAAAGCGGAUACAGGAAAGACUUUUUUGGCUGUCAAACCUGCUCCUGUGUGGAUCCGUGCGAGGAUAACAAUCCGUGUCCAUCCGGACAGAUCUGCAUGCCAAAGAAGGUCCAGUGCUUUGCCGCUCCCUGCUAUGACGUUCCUGAAUGCUUCCCUAUAUUAGCAGCAAAUUGCUCCAAUAACGCCAUGUGUAGAAUGUAUUGCGAGUUUGGAUUCGUAGUUGGGCCAGAUGGUUGUGACAUUUGUAAAUGUAAGAUGGAUCCGUGCGCUGUCGUAAAGUGCAGAGCGGGCCACGUGUGUGAGGUAGUUAAUAAUUCGGCCCAAUGCGUUAAAAAAUGUUCUGAUAUCAUGUGUAUGUUGUAUUGUGAGUAUGGAUUUCAAACCGGAUCAGACGGAUGCCCGAUAUGCAAAUGCAAUCUCGGCCAAAUCUGCUUUUGCUUUUUCUGGUCCUCUCUACUUACUUCUCUGACUACUUCUCCAUCACUUGCGAAGUUCAGAGCGGAUCUCAAGACCCAUCUGUUUUCAAAAUUCAUUGAGGAGCGCUGUUGA